GCAGGAAGUCGGUCUUGACGGAACUUGUCAAAGAAGUUGUCAGUAUUUUGUGUCUGGACAGAGAAUGGUUGCUGGAGGAAGAUUUGUCACUGUAGGAUGUGGAUGCUCCUAUGGAGCCAAAGUUUGAUCUCGACCUCCAGCAGGUGACCUUUGAUGAGGGUGACCUUUCACCUUCUAAUGAGCUUGACUCUUUCAGCAAUAUUGUACACUAUGACUCGCACUUCUCUGUAGGCAGAACAACUUCUGUCACGACAACUGCUAGGAGCUACACACAAUCAAACACCAACAAAGAAGAGAGACAGAACAGUUUUGUAAACCGUUCCCGCGCUGUUCCACAGCCAAGUCGAUUGAAGAGCUCCCAGGUGUACUGUGAGUCUGUGUGUUCUUCACACGCUGAGGAGGACUUGCAUGCACUAAUCAACCCUGACGACGGUUACGUUACUCGCAAAAGUUUCUCAAAAGUGAUACCCACAGACAUAAGGACUUUGUUCCAGGUUUCUGCAAACACCACAUCUAUACGAAAGAAAAAGAUCACCAAGCUUAGGAAGCCAUUCAUUAUGUCUGUCCCUGACACUGGGACCACUGACCCCACCCUCCCUAACAAGGAUGGGGCUCCGGCAUUUGAGAGUGUGGCUGAAGCUCUACACCUGCAGUGGUCAGUUAUUGGUGACAAGAAACUGACUCCAGCUUCACCUGAAGUUGUUGCACAAAUUGUAGCCGAGGCAGAAAGGAAAAUGAAAGCACAAAACCAAGGUGUUGCUCAGGAGAGCAUGUCAACCACAAGACCUGUUGUCACACCCUCUGCCUCGCCAAGUUAUAAUGGAAAUAUUUCAGCUAACAAUACCCCUUACCCACAGAGUGCCACCCUGACGAACAUUCCAAACAACACUCCUGUGUCACAGUAUCCAAGUCAAAAAACAGAAACAUCCACAGUGUCAUCAUCAAGUUCACUGUUAGCUGGUCCAGUAUCAUCUCCAGUGAUAGUUAGGGGUGAUGGUAAUUACAAGGAAGAAGUUUUAUCAGGGGAGAGAACUCCAACAAAACUUGAAGUAUCCUCAUCUCGUUCCCCAGAACUUAUACAGAUACCAGCUGGCAGCAUCACAACUGUGAAGGAGAAGACAUCAUGGUUUGGUGGAGGAAGCCGGGUCCCUCUAAAUGCCCCUACUAAAGGGAAGCUUGUGUCUGAGGGCAGGGAAAGUUACACCCCUGGGGGAGAGGACAGUGAGAGUGAGACAGGCUCAGGGGUAGGGGACAGGGAUGAAAGUGUUUCUAGUGCUACAAGUGAGCUUGACAAUCUAAUUCAAAGUGAUACAGACAGUUUUCUUAAAUCUCUUCCUCCUGUUAAGGAAGUUGACAUGAGUAUGUUUGCAUCAAAACCACAUGUUGUACGUAGUUACUCACCUCCUGUGAAAGAGACUUCCUUCCGUCCGCUUCAACAAAACACUGCUGCAAAUAUAACCUCUGUGACCUCUGAAGGUGAUAGAUCACCAAGUAAAUUAGCUUCUAGUGACCUACAUCCAAACUCUUUAAGUGAUUCUGGAAUUCCAGGUUUAGAAACAGAACCCACACAAAUGGAAUUUCAGCCCUCUAAGCUUUCAUCAAGUACGCCAAGCAAGCCUAGUUUUGUCAUUCCUCAGACUGGACCAUUGUUUAAACAACUUCACAAAAUAUUACCUAAACAGCCAGCAGCUGGAAGCCUUGAAACCAAAUCAGACGGAAAACAACUGGAUGCUGUCUUAAGAGAGAAAGCCAAACUUGAAGGCCAGUUGGAAAUGUUGUCUGAAGAAGCUGCUGUGACUCGUCAGGAGCGGGCGGAACUACAGGCCCAACUUGCCUCAUUGAAAUUACAAUUGGAGACAAAUCGUCAAACAGCCAAUGAUGUCCAGUGUGAAGCCCUCAAGACAGAACUUGACAAGAUACAGAGGUCAAAAACUCUUUUGGAGCAGUCAUUGGGUUCAGCUCAUAAAUUUCUGGAGGAGAAAAGCUCAGAGUUUACGAUACAACAGGAGGAACUUCGAAUGUCACUGGAAGCAAAUGAUAAGCUUCAGAUCAGGAUGAAAGAAGUUCGAGAUGAUGUACGUGCGAAAGAAAUGACAAUUCAAGCUUUGAAAAAUAAAAUUGCUGAACUAUAUGUUGAGGUGCAAACAGUACUACAAGCAAAAAUGGAGUCAGAAACAGAAGCCCGAACAUCAAAGAAUGAUCUUGUGGCAUUGAUUAAUACCAAAGACUGGUACCAGCAACAGUUAAAAGCUGCACAGGUAGCAAGGACAACAUUACAACAUGAACUAACCACACUUCAAGCACAAGUUUCCUCGCAAGGCAGCAUCAUCGAACGUCUCCGCACAGAAAACACCAAGCUUCGGCAGCAGACAAAGGAUAUACAACAAAAAGCCCUGCAAGAUAAAGAGAUGUUGGCGAAACAUCUUGAACAUAUUGAGUCUGAUAUGAUGCACAGAGAAGCUGCUUUCCAGGAAAUUCAGCGGGAACGAGUUCUGAUGGAGGAUACAUUUGAUACCAAGCUGCAAUCGGUCGAGCAGGAACGAUCAAGAGCACAUACGUUGAUGAAUAUGACUUCCGAACUCGAGACACAUCUUGACAAAGCCCAGGACGACCUUAAGAAAAAACAAUCUCAAAUUCUCACCCUGGAAAAUGAACAAAUAGACCUGAUGAAAAAAUUAGCUCUGUCACAGGAGAGUGUAAUUGAACGUGAUAUGGCUGUGGAGGAACUACAACAGAAAUUGAUAGAAGUGGAAAGCAGUUUGAAAGCAUUCCAAUCCAGCCUAAGUGAGAAGGAAUCUGAGAUCUGGAAACUGAAAGAGGAGAAGGCUGCCGUAGAGAUUUCUCUUCAAGCAGCAAAGGAGGAAAAACAGUCUGUUGAUAAUGCUCUUGCAAGCCUUAAAGAUAAUAUGGGUAAAGUGGAGAAAAAUUUCCGCCACAUGAAACAAGAAUUAGGAAACAGAACGGUAGAGUAUAAUGAACAGAAGAAAGAAACAGCAACUCUUCAAGAAGAAUUGAUCGUUGUAAAGGAGAAAUUAGAGAAGGAAAAGAAAGGAAAUCAUGCUGUGGAUAGAGAGAACGAGGAACACCAGAUGGCCAUGGAUGAGAUGAGAACACGGAAAGUCCAUCUUGAAGAAGAGGUGAAGUUUCUAAAUACAGAAUUGGAAGCAGUGAAGGGAAGUGGGAUAGAAAAAGAGAAGAAAGCGGAGAGCUUGGAGUCAGAAUUACAAAACUUAAAGGAGAAACUAACUGAGAUGGAACAAAAUCUCGGAGAAGAUAAAAUGUCUUCAGCUUUGCUGGAGGAACUUCAGAGUGAAAAUACAGAGUUAAAAAGUACAUUGAAAAAAUCCGAUAAACAGCACCAGAAAGAUUUGACAAAGCAAAAAGCCAAAGUUGCCAAACUAAACGUAGAUCUGAAAUCACUUCAAAGUGAACUCGCCCAGAGACAAAGUGUGUUGGAGUCGAAUGCUGAACUAUUAACGAGUAAAUUACGAGAGAUGACGGUGGAGAAGGAGCAGAUGGAAACUGAGUUGUCAAUGGCACACAGGAAGUAUGAUCUGAGCAUGCUCCAACAACAGGAUCAGCUGAAAACUGAAUUACAGUGUAUAGCAGCAGAGCUAGAAAAUACAAAGCUCCAGAAACAAGCAUUAGAGAAUGAUUUGAUGGAACUUCAACGUGUGAAGGAGUUGGAAGUUCAAGAGUACAGUCAGCAGUUGUCUGCCCUUGAGACAGAAAUAGCACGUGUUCAGGAAUUACAAGUUGACACAGAAGGCCUGCAGCGGGAUAACCAAAACCUGUCUCUGGACCUGGAGAAGGAGAAAGGUCGAGUAGAAGGUUUGAUGAAGACCAACACUGCAUUGAAGGAACACAUCUCACAGCUUGAGGAUGCUCUGGCUGGGCGUGAAUCUGCACUUGUUGACCUCCAAAAUCUGACCCGUGGGGAGGUUCAGGACCGUGAGAGGGUGGAGGCUGAACAAAGCCGAUUGGUCCAGAACUUAGAAAAUAAACUUACCCAAGAGAAGGAGUCACAAAGAGAGCUCAGAAAACAGAUUGGCACCAAAAUUUCAGAAAAUAAAAAACUGAAACGACAUCUAGAAUCAGUGAAGGCAGACAGAGAUAGUGUCCAGCAGGACCUUGACCACCGGUCAAAUGAGUUAGAGAAUCUACGCAGUGAGCUGGACAACAGCAAGCAGCUAGAAGUUGUCCAGAGCAGUCAAAUUAGUACAAUGGAUGCUGAGAAUAAGUCGUUAGCCCAUCAACUGGAAAGGGUGAGGCAAGAAUUGACAGACAAUCUAGCAAGGGAACCAAUUAUACAGGAGCAGAUGACCAGUCUGCAAUGGCAGUUAGAACAGAAGUCACGUGAGGUUGAGGCUCUCACAGGUCAAAGGUCAUUGGCUGAACAGAGGCAAGGCAUAGAGAUAGAAGACCUACAAAAAACUGUACAGAAUCAGCAAACGGAGCUGGAGAAUCUAAGACAGGAGCUGGCUGUAGCAAGACAGGAGAGGUCUGUCUCACAGACAGAGAUGUCACAGCUACGUGCCACACUGAAAGCCUCUGUACAACAUCACAAGCUGACUCGGAAGUUGAAUGAGAAUACAGAGCUGGAGGAUAGAGGAGAUAUACGUGACGCUGGAACACAGGUGGAAAGUCGGGAUCUUCCCAUGAUUCCACCUCUGCCGUUUGACCUUGACAGUGUAGAGAAGUUACUACAGAAUUCUACAGUCAAAGCUCUGGAAAGCAAACCAUUAGACAAUCUGCAGACGUGUCUUAGUUCACUAAGGUCAGAGAUCACAGGUUUACAGAAACAGAUGGAUGACCACAUCAGCACUGUGGAAACUUCUACUCAGUCUUGGAGUUCAGUGGAAGACCAGGUAAAUGAAUUGCGAAAGAUAGUGAAGACAAUAAAUGGCACAAGCAUGAUGACCAACGGUCAAGGGAUGGAUUCUCUGGCCGGAGCUGGUGUGGCUGGAGUGAUUGAUAUCUAAGUACACUUAUGGAAACAACCCAUGGGCAGCAGCUUUGUUUUACAAUACUCCCUCCUAUUGAAUUGUCCCAGAAACUUUGAAAAUCAGAAGAAAACAGAGAUGGCUAUAAAGAAAAUUGGGUAUAGCCAGAUUUUUUUGAUGAUUUGUCUGUCUAUACAGAAUCAAAUGUUCUCGGGAAAAUCUCAACGGUGUCAUUGUUUCAUCAAUUAUUUUCACCAAAUCUCUGUGUAAAUUUUUUUUUCUUAUAUAUUUUUGUGCAUUUUGUGUUUGUAUUCAUAUCAUGAUUUACUGCUGCCCCAGAGAAAGAUCUUUGUAAUUUAUAUUUUAUAAUUUUUCUUACCAGAUUUUGUUUUCGUAUCAUCCGAGACAAAUUAGAACUUAUCAUUUGUGUAUAUGUGUGGGUCACUGAUCUGUUUUCUAUUGAAUAAUUAUUGAUGACCUUGUUGCAGGGACUAUAUUUUAGUGUAAGUUGUAUACUGACAUGUUCAAAUUCUAAUGCAUUAAUGCAUUUGUGGUUUCUUUUUUGGGGUCUGCAAAUGGACCUUUUGAUUACAACACUAUGAAGGAGAGUAUGACUUAAGCACAACCUUUUGUGAUGUGAUCAAUUGUCAAAUUUAAUUUCUUUUUGUCUCUACGCAAAAAUAAACAAUUUCUGUAAUUUUCAAGUGUAUUUAUUAUUCCAGUUUAAUUCAAAAUCUUUAUUGUCACAUUUUUGUUUGUCAAGUCCAUAUUAUUUAUUGUAUCUUUGAUCUUCAGCAAUGCAUAUGUGUUUCAUAUUAUGCAGAACGUUACUCUCAUGAAAUACAAAAACUUUCUGUAUGUGUUGUGUGGUGUAUAAUGAGAAAACUUUGAUGAUGUGCUGUAUUCAUCCCUAAUUGUACAAAAUGUUUCGUAUUAUUUUUCUUUGACAAUUGCUGCCUUAUAGACGAUAUCUCAACCUUGUCACCCUUCAUUUUUAUAUGGGAUUUCCCUUCCUUUGAUCUGGUCAAGUUCAUUGUUAUAUAUAAGGUUGGGAAGGCUAUUAUUACUGACCCACCUGAAGUAUUGUGUGUGGGGUAAAUAUAAUUGGUGAUGUUUAUUUUUUUAAUUGUUUUAUUGUAUUGUUGCUUAAUGAAUGAAUGUUUUGUUUGUUUUUGGGGGGUCAUUUUUAACAGGAUUUCCAUAUUUUCAUGUGCCAAUAAUAUGUAAAUAAUGGCCAAAAUAUUUGUUAACAUCUGAUGUACACUGCCUUUUGUUGAUUGAAUUGAUGUGUUUUAAAUUAUUCCAGUUUUUGUGGUGUCCAUAUGUAACUUGUGGAAUUUUUUUUGUGGUCAUAUCAUUUUAUGGUAUUUUGUUGUUAUCAAUUUCCUUGACCUGUAAGCUGUAUCUGUAAGAGUGAGGGAUGCGAUACUACUCGGUCAUACUGUAUAGUUGGUAAUAUUUGUGGAAUAUUUAUUUUCACGGUUAUUAUGACUAUUAAAAAUAAGGCAUAAUUGAUUACCCAGGAAACAUUUUUAUGGUGAAUGUAAAUCUCACAAAAUAUCUGUUCUGUCUGUGUACAUUGAUAGGAAUUGAAAGACAAACACAAAAAUAAAUAGCUGUAAAGUAUGCCAAACUAUGGUUCUGCAAAAUAUGAGCCCCUUGAAACUAACAACUGUGCAGUAUGUCAGACUUACUCAAGUGCCAAUUUGAUCCUGUUUGAAAAAUAUUCUGGUACAAACUGUACAUUACUGUAUCAGUCCUUUUAUUUAAUGAUUAAGAAUCUCUGAAAAAAACUACUUUAUUACUGAAGAUGAAUAUUAAGAUUUUUUUCUUGAUGUUCCUUAGUCAAUCACCAUUGGUUGUAAUUGGUUUUUUUUUAUUAUAAUCCAGUUAGUGACUACAAAGUUAUCCCAGAGUUGUCAGUAUAUUGAAGAAUGUGAGAACGUGCCACUUUGUAUUUAGAUGACAAUAUCGACAUGUUUUUUCCAAAAAUUUGUUCUUAAGUUUCCAUUUAAUUGUCAGACAGAAAUAGAUCUGGCUGCUCCUCCGGAAUUUCCCUAUGUACGGAAAGUCUUGAAUCUGUCAUAAAAGAUUAUAAUGAAUCAUCACCAACACAUACAUCAAUGCAUGAAACCUAAACAUUAAAACUUCAACUUCUGAAUAUUGAAAUGUGUCGUUUGAGCUUACACUUGUUGAAAGUGAAUUUCCUCUGUGCUACAGAUAUGACUACAAAGUUAUUAAUACUUUUGUGAUUUUAAGAAAUGUACCUGUCUAGUUGUUUGUAAUAAUUCUAAGCAACUUCUAUUUGUUGUGCUUUGGUUUAUUUGUGCUUGGCCUGUUGUGAUAAUUGUUCAAUAUGUUUAAUUGAAGUUUUGCAAUAUGUUUGUUGAUUUUGAUGUCUCAUCAUUUUGGUUUGGUAUUGUAUAUACUGGUAUUCAUCAUGCUAAAUCACAAAGUUAUUUUUCUGCUCUGAUAUAAGUGAUUGUGUAAUUGUUGUGGCAGAUUUGAAUUUGAUCUGAAUUUUAUAUUAAAACAGUGCAGUUAACUCCACUGCUCUGGUGUAAAUUUAUGUUUGAAGGACAUACAACAAAUGAUGACUUUUGCUAUUUGAAAAGGUAGACAACAUGUGAUGACUUUUUGAGAAGAACACAAAAAUUAUGACUUAAUAUGCACAAUUAUAAAAGACACAUUUGAAAGGUGGGCAAGAAUGAACAGUAUUAUUUGAUUAAUUUUAUUUGGAAUUUUAGAAUGGUAAAUAGUUAUACUCAAGGCAGAUAACUCAAAUCAUAUGUAGAAUGAAAUAUGAACCAACAAAGAUAUGUAAUACUUAAAGGUUCAAUUACGAUGCCUUGCCAGGUAUAUAUAUGUAUCAGUUUUUGACAAAACUACUUUAAGGUAAUCCUGAAAAUUUAAUUUCUCCUGAAAACAACAUGGCAGGGGUUUGAUGCAUGUGGUGUUAUUAAUAUUAUAUAUUAGAUUUGUUUUCAGUUCCUGAAUCUUUCUGGUGAUGUCAAAUCCAUGUACCAUUUUGUCUUUAUGUUGCAUGAAAACAUCCGACAGUCUGUGCAGAAAAUUUAGGAUGUAUUCAGUUUUGUUUCCUUUAUCAAAUGAUGUUUAAUGAUCAUGAAAUGAAAUAUUCCUGUGUUUCAAAAUGUGCACAUUACAUGUACAGUUGUACGUCUCAUUCUCAAAGUGUAAGGUCAUUUUUAAGCUUUUUCUGUCGUCUAGGCAGAAGGUCAUGUCUUAGCUCUACAACUACCAAAGUGGUUCAUGUUUUAUGAUUAUGACACUAAACAAGUGCAAUUGUUAGUAUCACAUCAAAAUUGUUUGUUUUCAUCACCUAAUUGAUGGUUUCAGUUUUCAAGUGUUUGCAGAAAUUAAGCUCUUUGAUUGUGGCUUACAGCAUUAUUUUAGUAUUCUUGAAUAUCAUAUCUAAAAUUUCCUUUAUGUUGUUCAACUAAUUUGUACAUCAAUACUGUCAUCAGAGGCAGAAUGAUUCAGUAAAAAUGUUCAGUAUCUACAGCAAAAACCAUCAUCAAUAAACUUAUUUCUUCAGCUACUUUCAGUACCUGUCAGGAUUGCUGCCAUUCUAAAUGAGCAGGUAGCUAGCAUUUAUGCUUUGAAAAAUAUUAACUUAUUAGUUUUAAAAUCUGAAAUUUUUAAUAAAACUCGAGACUUACAACUAGAAAAUACUGGUCAGAAAAAGGUAUUGUGUAAAAAUAUGAUUAUUCUUAGUGAAGACAAGAAUAUUAUUUUGGUCAAUUACACUGUUGAAAAAGCAGUAAAAAAAAAGCACAAUGAUAUAUUAAGGAAGUUUUACUAUAUCAAUACUGCUAGUCAAUGGCACUUUGGAAAAUUUUCUAACAGUAAUGCAAUGUUAAGCUAUUAUAACCUAUUAAUAACAGUUACAUAUUACACAAACAUCAAUUGCUAUUGUUAAUUCUCCUAACUUUUCAUUUAGACAUAUACACAAUGUACAUUUGAACAUUGUGACUUGGUUAUUGGGGGUAUUUUUCAUUCUUCAGUUACAACUGGUUUAUGCAGAGAAAUGUUCUAUAUUUAGACUUCCCUAUGGUUUCUUACUUUCACUUUACAUAAGGUUUACAUUGUCAUUGGAAUUGGCGGCCGACUUUCACUUUAUAUUGUCAAAAUGUUUAUUUUCUUUAAUAAAUGUAAAGGUCACGACUUCAUCAUAGGAUUCUAGCAUAUGGAUUUUUUAUGUAUCUUGGAUAAAUAUUUCUUUUGAAACAGUUUGUACCAGACUUUCAGUCAUAAUUAACCAGAUGUACCUUUGCUAUUCUAUUUGUUAAACAUGUGGGUUGAUAUAAUAAAAUAUGAAAAA